CGGCUCCCGGACCCACCGGCGACCAGCACCGCGGUGCCGCGCCGCGCCCGGAGCCAGUCUCGCGGCAGGCACAUUGACACCUGCGAGCAUCUUUUCCUUGCAGCAGAAGGGUUUAAGCCCAGUGCAGAUGUUCAGGAAAUAAUGAAGGGAGACAGCAGACACCUGAAUGAAGAAGAAGGUGCCAGUGGGCCUGACUAUUGCAUCAUCGUCAAUGGGGAGUGCAGCGACCAGUCCUCAGAUGCCAAGGAUGCUCCUUCACCCCCAGUCUUGGAGGCGAUCCGCACACCAGAGAGCAGAGGCCGCAGGUCAAGCUCACGACUGUCUAGGAGGGAAGUCUCCAGUCUGAUAAGCUACACUCAGGACCUCACAGGAGAUGGUGAUGGUGAGGCAGAGGACAGGGAUGGCUCUGAUACUCCAGUGAUGCCAAAGCUUUUCCGAGAAACAAGGGAGACCAGGACUUCAACAGGAAGCUCAGCAGUGCGAACCAGAAAUACCGCCAGUACCUCCAGCCAGGAGAGGUAUAGGCCCUCCCCACGCUCCACCCGAGGCCGCCGCCAGGGCCGCCGCCAAGCGGAUGAGUCCCCUGUGGAGUUCCCGGCUACCAGGUCCCUUAGGCGGCGAGCGACAGCGUCAGCAGGUACCCCGUGGUCAUCCCCCAGCAGCCCUUACCCCACCAUCGACCUCACAGACGAAGAAGCGACACCCCAGAGCAGCAGUACCCCUUGCAGUGGGCCAGGCAAAGAUGGGCAGAAGGAGAAUGCGGACUCUUCCCAGGGGAAUGCAGAAGGCAGAGAUGCAGACAGCCCUGAGUACCAGGAUGGGAAGGAAUUUGGAAUAGGGGACCUCGUGUGGGGAAAGAUCAAGGGCUUCUCCUGGUGGCCUGCCAUGGUGGUGUCCUGGAAGGCUACCUCAAAGCGCCAGGCCAUGUCUGGCAUGCGAUGGGUGCAGUGGUUUGGUGAUGGCAAGUUCUCUGAGGUCUCUGCAGACAAAUUGGUGACCCUGGGGCUGUUCAGCCAGCACUUUAACCUUGCCUCCUUCAAUAAGCUGGUUUCUUAUAGGAAGGCCAUGUACCACACACUCGAGAAAGCCAGGGUGCGAGCCGGCAAGACCUUCCCCAACAGUUCUGGAGACUCACUAGAGGACCAGCUGAAGCCCAUGUUGGAGUGGGCCCGUGGGGGCUUCAAGCCCUCUGGGGUCGAGGGGCUCAAACCCAACAACACCAAGCAGCCAGUGGUUAAUAAGUCGAAGGUGCGUCGUGCAGGCAAUAGGAGCUUAGAAUCCAGGAAACACGAGAACAGAGGUCGAAGACGCACAAUGGACGAUUCCACAGCUUCUGACUGCUGCCCCCAACCGAAGCGCCUCAAGGCGGGUGGCUGUGCUGGCAAGGAUCGAGGGGAGGAGGACCGUACCCGAGAACAAGUGAUUUUGGAUGUUCUCAACAACAAGAUCAACCUGGAAGACAUUUGCUUGCCCUGUGGUAAGAAAAACCCCGUGAUCUUCCACCCACUCUUUGAUGGUGGGCUUUGUUCACCAUGCCAGGAUCGCUUCCUCGAGCUGUACUACUUGUAUGACGAAGAUGGCUAUCAGUCCUAUUGCACCGUGUGCUGCGAGGGCCGGGAGCUGCUUCUCUGCAGCAAUUCGAGCUGCUGCAGGUGUUUCUGCGUGGACUGUCUGGAGGUGCUGGUGGGCAAAGGCACAGCUGCGCAAGCCAAACUCCAGGAGCCCUGGAGCUGCUACCUCUGUGUCCCGCAGCGCUCUCACGGGGCCCUGCGGCGCCGCAAGGACUGGAACAUCCGCCUGCAGACAUUCUUCACCACAGACGUGGAACAUGAAUAUGAUGCGCCCAAGCUGUAUCCGGUGAUCCCAGCGUCCCGAAGGCAGCCCAUUAGAGUUCUGUCCCUGUUUGAUGGAAUUGCAACAGGGUACUUGGUGCUAAAAGAGUUGGGCAUUAAAGUGGAAAAGUACAUCGCCUCUGAAGUCUGUGAAGAGUCCAUUGCUGUGGGAACAGUAAAGCAUGAAGGCAGCAUCAAAUACGUGAACGACGUCAGGAACAUCACAAAGAGAGACAUUGAUGAAUGGGGCCCAUUCGACUUGGUGAUUGGCGGAAGCCCGUGCAAUGACCUCUCCAAUGUAAAUCCUGCCAGGAAAGGCCUAUAUGAGGGCACUGGCCGCCUCUUCUUUGAAUUCUACCACCUCCUGAAUUACGCACGCCCCAAGGAGGAUGAUGACCGGCCCUUCUUCUGGAUGUUUGAGAAUGUCGUAGCCAUGAAAGUUGGUGACAAGAGGGACAUAUCUCGGUUCUUGGAGUGUAAUCCCGUGAUGAUUGAUGCCAUCAAGGUUUCUGCUGCUCACAGGGCAAGAUACUUCUGGGGCAACCUACCUGGGAUGAACAGGCCCGUGAUAGCAUCAAAGAAUGAUAAGCUCGAACUUCAGGACUGCUUGGAAUUCAGUAGGACAGCAAAGUUAAAGAAAGUACAGACAAUAACCACCAAGUCGAACUCCAUCAAACAAGGGAAAAAUCAGCUUUUCCCAGUAGUCAUGAAUGGCAAAGAAGACGUUUUGUGGUGCACUGAGCUCGAAAGGAUUUUCGGCUUUCCUGUGCACUACACGGACGUGUCCAACAUGGGUCGUAAUGCCCGCCAGAAGCUGCUCGGGAGGUCCUGGAGUGUCCCUGUCAUCAGACACCUCUUCGCCCCCCUGAAGGACUACUUCGCCUGUGAAUAAAUUCCACACAGGGCUGUGGAAGCCCUGGGGUCUUGGGACAGAGCCAGGGCCCAGGAGGAACCCUGAGCAUGGAAGGCACCCCAGCUGUGCUCUCCCGUGUGGGGCCCUCCUCACUGCAUAGUACCUCAGCUCUCUCCUGGGCACUGGGAGCAGAGCCAGCUGUCCCUGUCCUGCAGGGGACCCGAGGUGCCGCCUCCUGUGCACACGUCAGACCUGGCUGCUCAGAGCUGCCAGCAUGGUGCUCAUGUUUUCACUGAAACUUAAAACUUGAAAACUUGAAGUAGCUAGUAAGUCAAACAGCUUUUUAUAGCCCCUCCUGGGUUUACAAUGGCUAAGACACCAAAACCCCAGUGAGAGCUGUUCUCCUACUCAGGUUAACGAAUGCUGCAAAAUGACCCAAGAUGAUUCUUUUUUAAAUGCCGGCUCUGCAUGUUACUGGGAGAUGCAAUUUAAACAUGUAGUUCAGGAACAUGUUUAGAGCCCAGGAAGUUUUUUUUUUUUCCACUAGGGAUAAGCAACAGAAGAAAUGGUGAUAUAUAUAAUCUUUCUUUUUUUUUUUUUAAACCUCCCCUUGCCUUGGUACAAGGACUGGAGUUUGCAUCUCAUGAUGAGCUAUUUCCCUUCACUGUUAGUCCUUAGGGCCCACCAGUAGCUAAUCCUCAAGGUGCCUGCAGUAGAACCCCCUGGGGAGCUAAAGAAGGGGUGGCUGAGUUAACAUAAGCCCUCUCCCCAAAAUCUUUAUUCCCUCUUCCUUAUAUGAGGGACAUGAAGGACAGGGUUUAGAUAAAGUGCCUCACCCUUCCUGCUCACCUAGAGAUGGAUCCCUUUCAGGCACAGACCCCCAAAUAUGGAUGAUCCCCUAAUUCUUCAUCCUUUCUUCAGGUCAGAAAGCCAGGGCCCCAAAGCACAUUUCCCCCAAUUCCUCCACAUCUGAGAGAUGGUAGGGGGACAACUAAACUAAAAGCUUGAUCCUCCCUCUGGAGGUUUUAAAAACACUUUUUAUAAAAAAAUUCUACACUAUAAUUUUAGGGGGCAUGGGAGUUCAGAAGGUGCAUUUCUGAAAUGCUAUCGUAAUAGUUUUAACACCUUUUACUCUUCUUACUGGUGCUAUUUUGUAGAAUAAGAACAACCUUAACAGGUUUUUUUGAGGGGGGGGGAACUUUUUAUACACAUUUUAGGAAAAAAUCUGAGAAUUUUAUUUUUAUGUUGACUGUUUUUGAAACUGGAGCCAUGUAACAAGUGCAUGGGAAGCCCAUGCCUCGUUUCAGAAGUUGACAGAUGCCUAGAGUUUACCUUAUUCUGUUUCAUUAAAAUCAGUAUUUCUCUCCAA